AUGCAAAUCAGCCAACGCCACUGCCUCGGCAGCAGAUCAAUACAGGUUUACGGGACGCUGAGAAUGCAUUCAGCCAGUGCAUGCUCAGGGAAAACGACUGCAGAACAAAGCCACAACAAUUUACGCCGCCUAACACGCCUGCAAGCGAUUGUAAGUAAGUUUCUUUCCUUUUUUUAUGAACGCAGAAUGAGCAACAAAGACGACAUCACAAAGUGUUCCCCUGCCCCGAUCUCCAGCUUUACGAUACAGUCCAUACUUGGGACAUCGUCGGAGGAAGAACGCACAGGUUGCAAUGACAAUGCAAAGGUAAAUACCAGGAAGCGCUGUUUGUCCGACUCCUCGGACGAAGAGUUAACCGAGGAAGGAUACAAAGACCUCGCCUGCUUCUGUUCUGACGCUGGCCCCACAGAGCCCUGUCGCAGACACCAGACUAUCAGCUACACUUGUGUGAGUAAUACUAAAGGAGUUGGCACCGCUGGGCAGGAAAGUGCGGAGAGAAGGCAGCAGCAGUACCUGUCGCAAGAUGGUCAGGUUUUCAAGGAAGAAAAAGAGAAAAAUUGCACGCAGACAUCAACAGACAGACAAAGAGAGGGAGACAGACAAGGGAAUCCGACCAAGAAGAAGACUCGCACGGUUUUCUCUCGCAGCCAAGUUUACCAACUAGAAUCCACCUUCGACAUGAAGCGUUACCUUAGCAGCUCGGAAAGAGCCUGCCUCGCCACCAGCCUCCAGCUCACAGAGACCCAGGUCAAAACCUGGUUCCAGAACCGCAGGAACAAGUGGAAGCGACAGCUCUCAGCAGAACUCGAGGCAGCCAACAUGGCCCACGCGUCAGCGCAGACUCUGGUCGGAAUGCCUCUCGUUUUCAGAGACAAUUCUCUUUUGAGGGUUCCAGUCCCCAGAUCAAUUGCAUUCCCAGCUCCUUUGUACUACCCAGGCAACAACCUUACAGCUCUUCCCUUCUACAAUCUCUACAACAAAAUCGAAUACUGACAUUUUCUGCUCCACGUAUCUUUAUAACUGUUUAACAAUUAAAUUGUAUAUUUAUAUAAUAUCCGUAUCUGUUUAAAAUAUAUCUUUCUUAUAUGCAGCCACUUGCAUAAUUAUAAAGACAAUGUGCUUCUCUAUAAAUUGUAUUAAAUAUACAGUGUAUAUAU